GAAUAAAGCAAACAAUUUGUCUGACAAGUAAAUUUCCAGCCUGGACUUGUACAACCCCUAGUCAACAUGCUUCACAAGUUGCUUGCUCCGCUCAUAGCGUUAUUAUCGUUAUCUCAAUAUGUCCUUAGUUUCCCCUUGACAGUGAGACUCGACAACGGCGCUCCUCUUCGAAAUAUAGUAUACGUUCAGACCUUUACAGAUUCCAGAGGUAACUGGUUCAAUCUGACAGACCUCGUGACGCAAAAGAGUGGUAUUACACAUGUGAUUCUUGCAUCACUGCAUUUGGACUCGCCUACAGAGAUACAUUUGAAUGACAAUGAUAUCGAGUCUUCAUACUGGGACCCGUUGUGGCCGAUGGUGUCAUCGCUUCAGGCCGCGGGAGUCAAGGUUAUGUUAAUGAUGGGUGGUGCUGCUCAGGGAAGUUAUGCCCGUCUUCAAAACGAUUUCGAUACUUACUACCCCAUCAUCUUACAAAUUUUAAGACACCACAACCUGGACGGAUUCGACAUGGACGUUGAAGAAAACGUCUCAGAGUCGAUCCUCCUUAGACUUGCGCAGCAACUAGACGCUGACAUGGGCACAAACUUUAUUCUAACCGCUGCCCCCGUGGCCCUGUCAAUGUCUAACAGCGGAAAUCUGGAUAAUGUCAGUUGGCCUGCAUUGGACAAAGUCGCCAUCAGCUCAACACGACCAAACGGGAAGUUGUUUAAUUGGUAUAACACUCAGUUCUAUGAUGGUUGGGGUAGUGCUGCUUCGACUGGUUCUUAUGAUACUGUUAUCAAGGCUGGCUGGGAUCCGCGCAGGAUCGUUUUGGGUGUUUUGACUGCUGCAUCUGCUGGAAGUUCAUGGCAACCGACAUCUGUAUUGGCCAGCACGAUUGCUAGUCUCAAGGCGAAAUAUCCAAAUUUUGGUGGUGUGUUUGGUUGGGAGUAUGGAUUAGCUGGGCAAAGUGAUGGGCAAACUCCUGUUCAAUGGGUGCAGUCGAUAGGCCGAUAUUUGGCGGCUUAAAAGUUUUGUUAUCUGGUAUGUCUUGUCAUGCCUUUACCUUGUAUGUAUCGAGUGAUGUAUCUAGUAACGAUUGUAGGUAAAUACAUGUAAUGUCUCGAAGAUCAAGGAAAGCUCAUUUUUGAACGGCAGUACCGCCAAUAUUGAAAACAGGAUUAUUCAAGCCCACCUUAUUAUCCGACUGAGCAGUCCAAUGUGCCUUCUUGUACGCAUCUAAUUCCCUGGUGUUCUCGAAUAUACGAUAAAUAUUCGGAUAUUCCCUCUUCAAGACCUCUAUCUUCCUCCCCCAAUCUCCUCUAACCCAAUUCUCGACUGCAGGAACCAGCACAAUAUCAGCCAGCGUCAACUCGUCUCCAACACUGUAUCGACCUGCGGUAGAUCUGGCAUAACGCUCAUAUGCCUUUAAACCUCGCGUAUGGCUCCAUUCUAGCCAACCGUCGAUCACUUGAGACACAUCCGACGUUUUCCCUUCUUCGCUGCCAGGGACCGAA